AUGGCCGCCGGGGGCGAGCCCGAGCAUAGGCAGCAAGAUGAGGAGCACCAGGACAGAGACUUGGAAGACAAUGCAGCGACAGAAUCCUCACCUUUGCUGGCGAGAGAAGAGGGAGUACAGCACAACGACCAGAGCCAGCCACAUCGCGAAACGUCAGCAGAGUCAUUGCUGCGGACACUGAAGUCUGGCAAUGGCGCGAAAUGGAGAUGGCCAAGUCUACUGGCUCUGCUGGGACUAUGCAUCGCCGCCGCCUUGAUCAUAAUCUUCGCCUUUGUUGCGCCCAGCGCCGUGGAGCAGUAUGCGCAGCAAGCAAUUGUCUUUGAACCAACGAGCCUAUCAAUUGAUUCCUUCAUUGAGACCGGAGUACGCGCGAGGAUACAAGGCAACUUCAAGAUGGACUCCAGCAGAGUGGAGAAGAAGUCAGUACGAGACAUUGGGAGGUUCUGCACAUUCAUCGCGACAGAGGCGGAGACAGGCAACGCAGAUGUGGAGGUAUCGUUGCCGGAGUAUGGGAAUGUGGUACUGGGCACUGCGCAUGUGCCGCCGAUUAAAGUGUAUAUCCGGGAUGGGCAUAUCACACAUGUCGACUUGUUGACGGACCUCGAACCUGGUGAUGUUGAUGGGAUUAGAAGGAUCGCAAAUGACUGGAUCGAUGGACGACUGGGUCAGCUAAGAGUGCUUGGGAAAGCACACGUCCCACUCAAGAGUGGACUGAUCAGCCUGGGAAAGCAGAUGAUACAGCAAGAGACGCUCUUCGCGAACGACGAUAUACCUACUAUCCCGGAGUACAAGAUCGGGAAGUUGAACGUCCGAGAAAUUGAUAUCUCGUCUGGAAAGGGCAUGGCAGCAGAUGUGAGCUUGAAGGUGAAGAAUGAUUACCCGGUGGAGUUCACUGUGCCUCCUCUCGGAUUCGGGAUUCUUGUGGACAAUUGCGAAAAAAGUGACGACCUGAUCAUGGUCGCAGACGCCCUCACGCAUGAGAUUGACAUCCACCCGAAUUCGAAGGUCGAAGUGAAUGUCACCGGUACUGUUCGACAAUUGCCUUCAGUCCUGACCAAGGACUGCCCUGGAACGACGAAGUCGCCACUGGACAAUCUGCUUGGAUCGUACAUCCGUGGCAAGGAGACGACUGUGUAUGUGCGCGGCUCUGAUUCACCACCGCUGGACACACCUAGCUGGGUGACGGGCCUCUUGGGCGACAUCACUGUGCCGGUGCCACUUCCUGGACGUACUUUCGGACAUCUGAUCAAGAAAUUCUCGUUGACAGACACACACUUCAGCUUGCCAGAUCCUUGGGCAGAGCCAGACACCCCGGGGUCGAAUCCUCGUCUAAGUGCGAACGUCCGUGCUAUGGUCUCCCUGCCGGAAGAGAUGAACUUCAACAUCUCGGUGGCCCGUGUUCGCGCCGAUGCCGAUGUGUUCUACAAGGGCAAGAAGCUUGGUCGGCUAGAUCUCACAAAGUGGCAGGACGCCAACAGCACCCGAAUCGACUCAUCAAAAGAAGAUGGCCCACUUCUCAUGGUUGAAAGCCACGUUCAGGAUGCACCUCUCGAGAUCGAAGAUCAAGAUGUCUUCACCGACGUGAUCCAAGCUCUCCUCUUCGGUGGCAAGACCGUCCUUAUGAAGAUACAAGCAGAAGUCGAUGUGAGUGUCGACACAGCACUGGGCGAGUUCACAGCCAGGAAGAUCCCAGCAGAAGGCGAAGUCCCCAUCAAGCCGCCCUCACAUUCUUCUCCUUUCCCUCCCGGCAAGCACCCUGCUGACCCUCCAGGCAAAGGUCUUGGCAAUAUCACAGAUUCCGUCCACCCUAAACUGGUCGACCUAAAGAUCCUGAAUACAACAGAGACAUCCCUACACCUUGCUGCUAAGAUCAAUAUCACGAACCCAACACCUUACUCCGCCAGCAUCCCAUACGUCGAUAUUCACGUCCUGAAGAAUGGAUCCCUCAUCGCUCACGCCACGGCCCGAAACCUCGAGAUCACGACCGGCAACAACUCCUUCCUCGAGGUGGAAGCAAUCUACGAUCCCCUGACCCUUGGUGGACCAGGAGCGAAGGCUAUCGGCCGGGAACUUAUCUCUCAAUAUAUCUCACGCUGGAACACGACUAUCACGAUCCAAAUGCAUGAGAAGUCCUUCCCGGGAAAUCCUACCCUCGGCCGUGCCCUAUCCCACUUCCCGAUCGAAGUCGCUGCGCCAGCCCUCGGCGGGGGCGGAGAUGGCAAGGACGAGGGUCACUUCAUCGAGGACGCAACAAUGCAUCUCAUUACCUCCACGGCUACCUUCCUCCUACUAUCGCCUCUUCGGCAUUCGACGCUCUUCAUCGAGUGGGUUAACGCUACGGCGUACUACAAGGACGAUCCUGCUGGCCUCAUCUUCUACGACGAACCUUUCGGUGUUCCGCCAGUGUCUGAGACGCCAGAUGAGGAGGGCUUCCUUACGCCAAGGCUGCCGGUCGAUUGGAGUCUAGGGAGUGUCGGGUAUGGCGCGAUCAAGAGGGCGCUCGGAGGCACGCUGAAGCUCAGGGCCGAGGCGACGGUGGGUGUCAAAUUGGGGAGGUGGUAUGAGGAGAUAUGGUUCAAGGGGAGGAGCAUUGGAGCUAGUGUUAGGCUGUGA